CGCCAUUUUAAAGGCAGAGUCGCCAUUUUAGUAAAAAGAAGAGACGUGAUCACGAUUCUGGAAUAAUAUAAAGAUAUUCUGUGUUUUAAGAGACCCCAGCAGGAAUCAUCUGGUCUGGAUCAGCACAGAAAUGGAGAAGGAGAGAAGAAAAAGAAGAGCUGCUUCUGAAAUGCGCCCCCCUGUGGGGUGUAAGAGAAAGAGCACUGAGAGUGUCCUGAUGAAGAGAGCAGACUCCCCUGUACCCAGCUGUGUUUCCAUGAAGAGUGACUGGUCAAUGGAGCACCAAGCCACCUUCAAAGAGGGACGUUUUCCUACAGAUCAAAGUGUCCUGAUGAAGAGAGCAGACUCCCCUGUACCCAGCUGUGUUUCCAUGAAGAGUGACUGGUCAAUGGAGCACCAAGCCACCUUCAAAGAGGGACGUUUUCCUACAGAUCAAAGUGUCCUGAUGGAGAGAGCAGACUCCCCUGUACCCAGCUGUGUUUCCAUGAAGAGUGACUGGUCAAUGGAGCACCAAGCCACCUUCAAAGAGGGACCUUUUCCUACAGAUCAAAGAGACCAAAUGGAAGAAUGCAGUUCAGAUGUACAUGAUAAAUCGGGUUUAUCAUCCAUACUGAAGUUCCCCAAGGAUGAGCUGAAGAAUUGUGUGAGGUACCUAGAUCAGAAUUACCCAGAAUGCUCUGAGCCUCAGCUGGAGGAGGACAAUGAUCCGAACACACUGUACAUCCUGAGGACCAUGGAGCAAAAUGAUCUCGCUGACGUGCCGGAGAAGAGACUCAUGCUGCAAUAUCAGCAGGAAAUCAAACGUAAACUUAAGAAGCAGUUUGAGUGUGUAUUUGAAGGGAAAGCUAAGGGAGGACAGCCAACACUUCUCAGUGAGAUUUACACAGAACUCUACAUAACUGAAGGUGUGACUGGAGGAGUCAAUGAUGAACAUGAAGUGAGACAGAUUGAAACAGCAUCCAAGAAAAGGCGAACAGAAGAUACUACAGUCAAGUGCAAUGAUAUAUUUAAACCCUUACGUGAGCGUGAGACACCUAUCAGAACUGUACUCACUAAAGGGGUGGCAGGUAUCGGGAAAACAGUCUCUGUACAGAAAUUUAUUCUCGACUGGGCAGAAGGAAAAGCAAACCAGGAUGUUCACUUCAUAUUUGCUCUUCCUUUCCGGAACCUGAAUUUGAUUAAGGAUGAAUACAGUCUGAUUGAACUGCUUCACCGCUUUGUCCCGGAACUGAAAUCAUUUCAAUCCACUGAGCUGUUUAGGUACAAAGUCUUGUUCAUCUUUGAUGGUCUGGAUGAGUGUCGCCUUCCUCUAGAUUUUCAGAACAAUGAGAGCUGGUUUGAUGUAACAAAGAAAACGUCACUGGAUGUGCUGUUGACUAACCUCAUUAAGGGGAAUCUGCUUCCAUCCGCUCUCCUCUGGAUAACCUCCCGGCCGGCAGCAGCCAAUCAGAUACCUCCUGAGUGUGUCCACCGGGUGACAGAGAUACGAGGGUUCAGUGAUGCCCAGAAGGAGGAGUAUUUCAGGAGGAGAUUCAGUGAUCAGAGCCUGGCCAGCAGGAUUAUCACACAUGUGAAAUCAUCAAGGAGCCUCUUCAUCAUGUGCCACAUACCUGUGUUCUGCUGGAUUUCAGCCACUGUGCUUAAGAGGCUUUUUAGUGAGACUGACAGGGGAGAAAUUCCAAGGACUCUCACUGAAAUGUACACACACUUCCUGAUCUAUCAGUCAUGUUUAAAAAAUGACAAGUAUAUGAAAAACUAUGAAACCAAACUUAAGGAAUACAGCAAGGAAUUCCUUUUGAAACUUGGUAAACUGGCUUUUGACAACCUUGAGAAAGGCAAUCUCAUAUUUUAUGAGGAAGAUCUGACAAAGAAUGGCAUUGAUGUCACUGAAGCUUCAGUUUACUCUGGAGUGUGCACAGAAGUCUUUAAAGAGGAAUAUGGGCUGUAUGAGGAGAAGGUGUACUGCUUUGUGCAUCUGAGCAUCCAGGAGUAUCUCGCUGCUUUAUACGUGUUUCUGUCAAACUCAUCAGCUAAACUGCUGAAGACUGCAGUGGAUCAGGCAUUAGAGAGCAAGAAUGGACACUUGGACCUCUACCUCCGCUUCCUCCUGGGCCUCUCAACAGACUCCAGUAAGACUCUAUUACAAAAACUACUGGGACAGACAGUAACCAGCUCACAUAAUAUUACAGAAACAGCCAAAUACAUCAAGAAGAAAAUACAGAGGAAAUUAUCUCCAGAAAGGACCAUCAACCUGUUCCACUGUUUGUCUGAGCUGGGUGACAAUUCUCUAGUAGAGGAAGUACAAAGAUACCUGAAUUCAGGAAGCCUUUCAGCAGAAGACCUCUCACCUGCACAGUACUCAGCUCUGGCCUUUGUGAUGCUGAUGUCAGAUGAGGAGCUGGAUGUGUUUGAUCCGAAGAAAUUCAUCAGAUCAGAUAAAGAGCACUGGAGGCUGCUGCCUGUGGUCAAGAACUCCAGGACGGCUCUGCUGAACAGCUGCGGGCUCACAAAUGAACACUGUGAAAUGCUGACUUCAGCUCUAAGAUCAAACUCCUCACCCCUGAGAGAGCUGGACCUGAGUGACAAUGACCUAAAGAAUAAAGGAGUGACGCUGCUCUCUACUGGACUGGGGGAUUCACACUGUAAACUGGGGUUACUAAGGCUGUCGAGCUGUAGAGUCAGAAAAGAUGGCUGUUCUUCCCUGGCUUCUGCUCUGAGGUCAAACCCCUCACACCUGAGAGAGCUGGAUCUGAGUGACAAUGACCUGCAUGAUUCAGGAGUGAAGCUGCUCUCUGCUGUACUGGAGGAUCCCAACUGUAAACUGGAGGCACUGAGGCUGUCAGGCUGUAGAGUCAAAGAAGAAGGUUAUUCUUCCCUGGCUUCAGCUCUGAUGUCAAACCCCUCACACCUGAGAGAGCUGGAUCUGAGCUACAAUCACCCAGGAGACUCAGGAGUGAAGCUGCUCUCUGCUGUACUGGAGGAUCCCAGCUGUAAACUACAGAAGCUGAAGAUUAGCCGGUGUGAACUCACAGAGAAAUGCUGUGAGGCGCUGGCUUCAGCUCUCAGAUCAAACUCCUCACUCCUGAGAGAGCUGGACCUGAGUAAGAAUGACCUGCAGGAUUCAGGAGUGAAGCUGCUCUCUGCUGGACUGGGAGAUUCACACUGUAAGCUGGAGAUACUGAGGCUGUCAGGCUGUAGAGUCACAGAAGAAGGCUGUUCUUCCCUGGCUUCAGCUCUGAAGCCAAACCCCUCACACCUGAGAGAGCUGGACCUGAGUGACAAUGACCUGCAGGAUUCAGGAGUGAAGCUGCUCUCUGCUGUACUGGAGGAUCCCAGCUAUAAACUGGAGAAGCUGAAGCUGUCAGGCUGUAGAGUCACAGAAGAAGGCUGUUCUUCCCUGGCUUCUGCUCUGAGGUCAAACCCCUCACACCUGAGAGAGCUGGAUCUGAGCUACAAUCACCCAGGAGACUCAGGAGUGAAGCUGCUCUCUGCUGUACUGGAGGAUCCCAGCUGUAAACUGGAGAAGCUGAAUGUGGAUCACGGUGGAGAGUGCAGGACCAGACCAGGCUUUCAGAAAUACUCCUGCCAGCUGACGCUGGACCCCAACACAGCAAACAGAAGCCUGUCUCUGUCAGGGGGGAACAGGAAGGUGACAUGGGGGGCAGAGCAGCCAUAUCCUGAUCAUCCAGAGAGAUUUGACAUUUAUCCCCAAGUUCUGUGCAGAGAGAGUCUGACUGGCCGCUGUUACUGGGAGGCUGAGUGGGAUGGAGAUGGAGCUCUGAUAGGAGUCACUUAUAAAGGGAUCAGGAGGAAAGGAGUGAGUGACUGUCGGCUUGGAGACAAUGACAAGUCAUGGAGUCUGUUCUGUGAUCCUGACAGUUACUCUGUCUGUCACAAUAAUAAACUGACUGACAUACCCAUACGGUCCUCAGGCUCCCGCAGAGUAGGAGUGUAUCUGGACUGGGGGGCUGGUGCUCUGUCCUUCUACAGAGUCUCCUCUGAUGGACUGACCUUCCUGUACAGAUUCACCUCCUCAUUCACUGAGUCCCUCUAUCCAGGGUUUGGGGUUUAUAUAAAGUCCUCAGUGUCACUGUGACGUGAUGCUGGUUCUCCUGGCAAAAAGGUCAAAUCUCUGCUUUUUACCAUUAUAAUCCUUUUUACUCUGAAAUGUAUGUUUGACAAAAAUAAGUUUUUCUCUCUGACUAAAAUGUAACUAAAUGUAAUCCUGAUGAGUGGGGGGGGGGCUUUCCCCCUCCCCUGUAUAUGUACAUUUUAUAUAUUUACGCCUAUUUACUAUAUUACUGUACAAUGACAAUAAAGUCUUUCUGUUCUGUCCUA